AUGGACACCAGCAAAAGGACCCAUAGCAAUGCACAGAGUUCCGAUGACCAAGAUAACAUCUCGACGAAGCGAACGAGACUGGACGGCAGUGAUCUUAACCAAGCCCCCAGUCGCAGGCCGUUGAAGCGAAAGGAGUACUACUUCGCUAUGGUGUCUGGCCGCUGCCCUGAGGGCCUUGAACGCCAGCGCGCUGAGCGUAUCUCGGAGGACGCCAUGGACAGAAUUUGUCUUCGACUCGUCAGAAGGGUCGCCGAGCUAGAGUUUUUGCCUAUCUUUCAAAACGACCCCGAGCCGCUUCCGAAGGCAAAACAAGAAAAAAGCGGCUUCUACUCUACGACUCAAGAAGAAUACCCAUUCGUGGAAUACACAAUCAGUCACUUGUUUCAUCAUGCUGACUGUGCUGCGGGAAGCAUGCCGCAGGUCUACUUCAUGAAAGACUUGAGUACUGACAGGGCCGGUUGGAUUGUGGUUGAAAACUUGCUUCAGAAGUACGGGACACGUCGACUCCAUGAGACUAUUAGUCUGUUCUGCAUUCUCGCGAUUCACAGCUCGGCAGGCCUGAUUCAGCAAUACUUCCCCCACAACCUCCAAGAAACAGGGGCGGAGCAUUACUGUACACCGCUUCAUACCGCCAUCUCUAAAGAUUCAGAAGAAGAAGCUGAAGCAAAAUUGUCCUGUCGUGGCAAACAUCUGCACGAAAUCUUACCUAAGGUGGCGAACGAGGAGGUCAAUGUUGAUCAUCCUGGUAGCAAGGGUCGCACUGCUUUGUUACUCGCGGCCGGAAAGGGGCACGACGGAGACGUCCAUCGUGUUUAUGGAAGCGAAUACGUGCUGCUUCAUAUUUCAGCACAGAGGGGAAGCCUUCAUGUUGCAAGAAUACUUCUUGCCAAUGGUGCAAGAGUCAACCAGGCUGACCAAAACGGCAGGACACCUCUCCACUAUGCCCAAUAUUUCCAUCCUAAGGUAACGAGAGAACUGAUCGACAACGGUGCUUAUGUGAACUUAAGAGACAACAUCGGUGGAACGCCGAUCUUAUCUCGUAUUGACUUGGGGAUCAAUGAAACAUGAGACUCUUACUUGAGAACGGUGCUGAAGGCAGUCACACGGCCAAUAAAGGGGAACCUGCAUUCCUU